AUGUAAAAAAGAGUUAAUUUUUAAGAUGCUCAACUAAGUACUUUCAAAUGGGUUGAAGAAAUAAACAAAAAUAGAGCUUAAAGUGUUUCUUAUGGAACAAACAGAAAGAAAAUUCAAUUAAAAAAUGAUUAAAUUAUUAAUAAUUUGUAAAAGAGCUGCAAUUGGAAUGUAAUAAAUGCAUAAAAUAGCUAGACAUUUUAAUAAAUGCAAGCAAAUUCAACACCUUUGCCUGCAACAAAUCAUUCACAAAGAUAUAAAAAAAUUUAGAGCACGCUAUCUUCUUAUAUAGCAGAUAGUUAGCUUGAAUAGUAAACAACAAGACCAAAUACAGGUAAUGCUUCGAGAUCGUUUAAAUUAAAUCUUUCUCAGUUAGGAUCAACGAUAAGAUCUUCUUCACUUGGAGCAGGUGGAGGGUUCUCUUCCAGAUAUAAAGAUUGGAAUUGUCUUACAAAAGCUAUACCAACAGCGGAUUUCACAAAUGAUUUUACAGACCAAAAUAAGAAUAUUUUUGAUAAUUAAAUAAAUUUGUAUGACCCAACAAUAAAAGUUAAAGAAUUUGUUUAAGUAAACAGAUUAGUCACUUAGUCUCCUCGCUCUUCUCCAAGAAUCACCGAAACAGAAUGUUAUUCUAAAGACAGGGGUUACACCUAAAUUUCAAGAUACAGCGAUAAUUUAUCAAACAACUAAAUAUCUAAGUACACUGAAGAGGUUUAAAAUAUGAAAAAUAAUUUAAUUCAAAAGCUAAAAACUAAUUGUGAUAGAAGUUUCGAAGCCGAAUAAUAGUAUCAUUACACAGCAGAAAAAGUAUACAGACCAAAAACUUAAUAAAAUUAUAGCCCAAAUAGCUCCUAUAGUUUAGCAAAGCAAUCAAUAGGAUUUGCUUUAUAAAAAUAAUACAAUUAAAAAUUACAAUAGUCUUAAUAAUAUGAUAUAGAAAAUAUAAAUUCUUCUUACACAGUUUCAUUUAGAAACUCCAGAAACUUUGAAAUUGAUAAGCAAAAUAAAGCUAAAACAUCAAGUAGUCCUCAAAAUAAAGUUUAUAAUAAUUUCCUCAUCAAAAAAAGAAGUACUUCGACAGUAAGAGGAAGCUUAAAUAGUUGA